AUCCAUAACAUAUCACAAACCCGAACCCACCCACAACAUUACAGAGCAAAGUAAGAAAGCAGAGCAGAGUUAAAAAAAAGAGAGAGAGAAUGGCACAAGCAAUGGCUUCAAUGGCAGCAGCAUUUACGGAGGGUGGUCACAUGAGCAUCGCCCGCUUACCCGCCACCAGCUCAGCCAAGCCAAGGCUCUUAACAGCCCGCGCCCACCACAGCAGCAGCCUCCAAUGCGCCGCCACUGAAUCCGCCGCCGCCGCCGCCAAUCAGAGCAGCCGCCGCUCCCUUCUGGGGCUCCUCGCCGCCACUGUAUCGGUGGCGGGAGUGACCAACAAAGCUCUGGCGGCGGCCACAUCCAUCAAGGUCGCGGGCCCCCCUCCCCCCUCCGGCGGCCUGUCUGGAACGAAGAAUUCGGAUGAGGCUCGAGACCUGGAUUUGCCGCUGAAGGAACGGUUUUAUCUGCAGCCGCUAUCGCCGUCAGAGGCCGCCGCCAGGGCUAAGGAGUCUGCGAAGGAGAUCUUGAAUGUGAAGGAUCUGAUAAACAAGAAGGCUUGGCCCUAUGUUCAGAAUGACCUCCGCCUUAGAGCUUCCUAUCUCCGUUACGACCUCAACACCGUCAUCUCUGCCAUGCCCAAAGACAAGAAGAUGCCCCUCAAGACCCUCACCAACAAGCUCUUUGACACCCUCGACAACCUGGACUAUGCUGCUAGGGAGAAGAGCACACCCAAGGCAGAGAAAUACUACGCCGAGACCGUGUCUGCUCUCAAUGAUGUGCUUGCAAAUCUUGGUUGAAUUAAUUUUAAGUGGCCUGUAAUCUUUUCGGAUGUAUGAGAAAUUGGACAAUUUUUUCAUGUCAAAUUCAUUGCAUUUGGACUUUUUAGUGAUAAAUAUUACUUUCUACUUGUGCUGAUGAAAAGGUCAUCUUUGCAGAGCACCUAAGCGUUAAGCAGGUUUGAUGAAAUUAUCAAUAUAUACGUAUUUUUAUGUUUCA